AUGCUGCUGCGCUGCCGUGCGCGGCCUGAGGCGUUGCUGUUGACUGAAGAUGCAUUGCAAGUAUGGCAGUGCAUGGCGCCGCGAGCGCCUAGGCCUGAUGAUGUCAACGACGACGCAAUCCCGGGCUUGCUCCUGCAAACCCCCCGGCGGCGCGCCGCCGUGCCCGCCGUGCGAGUCGGCGCCGCCGCCGCCGUGCCGCGCGCCGCCGUCGCCGCCCUCCCCGGCCGCCGCGUCGUCUGCUGCCCGCCGCCGCAGGGGAAACGCCCGCCCUGCGCGGAGAAGGAGCCUAAUUGUUCGCUCACUUGCGAACAUCAAUUACCACAGAAACCGCAAACAUAUUCAACGGGGCCAAGAAAGCUAUGCGGCGCGCAACGUGACGUGGUAGCCGAACGCAUCCGCUGCUACGAGGAGCACCAUCGAAGCGUAUACGAGAGCGCCGUCAAGGAGCGAAUGGCGCGCCCGAGAACGCCGCCGCCACCACUAAAAUGUCCGCAACCGCCGGAGAAAAGAAUAGAGCUAGCCACCGACGGACGAAUGAAGUCUUCUCCUCACUGUCCAACCAACCGUCCGCCGCACCCCCCGCCACAACCAGUAACUUUAGAGCCUUUAGGAGAUUGUCGCCCAAAAGAACGCUCAGUCGUUGACCCCUGUGCGCAUACACCUCGCACGCUCCUCUCCAUCGACCGAGGCGAUCCGAAACCUCAAACAGAACAGUGUCAAGCUACAUCAACACCGCCUAAACCAUGCCAUGAGAACCCUAAGAAUCAAACUGAAAGUACUAAAGGCUCCAAAUGCCAAACUGAGAGUAGCUACAAAGGGAUCACUUCGCGCAUCAUGGAUACUAUUAGAUGUGGUCGAGCGACUCCAGCCCAAACGAGCCCAAGUAAGCCGAAACCAGAAUGGUGUAGCAAACCACCAGCUUUAGCAGCAGCGCCGAAGCGUUGCCGUCAGCCUACACUCGCUGAACGGAUGCGGCGAGGUUCCCCUUCCCGUAACAAACGGCAAUUCCAUACUUCAGCUACUAAUUUGGCUGAUAAAUGCAAUAAGGAUAAAGAGGCGCCUAACGCGUCAGGGCGCGAAGCAGUGCUAGCCGCUUCUAAGAAGCUCGCAGCGGCGUUGAGUGAGCGUGAUUCUCUUAAAGAAGCUGGGCUCGGUCGCGCCGUUAGGGCUCCAUCGUGCGCGCCGCCGGCGCCGCCGCCGCCGCCGCGCCCUACCGGCGGCGCUAUGGAGUUCAGCGUCCCCGCCGACGCCGACACAGUCUGCGUCCGCGUGUCUAUGGGCAAACGUCCCGUCCCGCAAGGCCCACCAGUAACACGUCCCACUCCUCAAACUCCACCAAAAGCUUGUCCAUCCCCUCCUUGCUCGGGCAUCCCCUGCCCCCCGCAAUCGUCAAGCGACUCCUGGCUGUCUAUCAAGAAGCUCCAGCAGAAGAUUUCAAACUGCGGCCGCGAUACCCCAGCUUCCCCUAAGCCGUCUGCCCCGGCGCGGCCGCCGCCGCCGUGUUCCCCUCAAGGCCGCGCUAAGAUGAUGGACGUGUUGCCUCAUACUAUUUUCAUGAAAUAA